CGAAGCCGUGUGGCGAUCCGCAGGAGCAAACAAAGACUUUUUGACAGGAACUUUUGCAGCCAUUUCCGAUGGCCCCCUUGUCAGGUUUUUUGUGAGCCUAGCUACAUAAAUGGCUUCCUGUUCCAAUGCCUCCUGCAUACAUACAGUACAGUAUAGUAUGUAUGACUAGCAUCUCGGGAAUCCAAGCAGGUCACAAUGGCGGCAUCCGAUCUGAUCGAGCUAGACAACAACAUCCCACCGGCCACGCUGCUCGUUGUUGCCGCGCUACUACUCCCCUUCCUCAUACUCCAGCUCAGACGGGUGCUCUAUCCUACGUACGACCCGCGCGAGCCGCCUGUGCUGCGGCCUAAGAUCCCCCUGAUCGGACACGCCUUCUCGAUAGUCUGGGAAGGCGGCGGGUAUUUCCAGCGGCUGUACGAGGCAUCACAUCUGCCCAUCUGCACGCUGCCCGUGCUGGACGGCAAGCUGUACCUCAUCAACUCGGUCCCGCUGAUCUCGGCGGGCCUGCGCAGCCAGAACCUGUCGUUCGAUCCCUUCAUCGAGCUGUUCUCCAAGAAUGCGCUGGGCGUGAGCCAGCGCGAGAUGGACAGGUUCAGGGAGGACCCGGGCUACCUGCCUUCCGUCACCAAGGCGUUCCACCCGUCCCUGUCGGGCGAGCCGCUGCGGGGAGUGGCCGGCAAGGCGUUGGGGCAGAUUGCAGCAGAGCUGAAUCGCAUCGGGCGGGGCGGUGGUGGUGGUGGUGAUGGCGAAGCGCAUGAGAUUCCGAAUGUGGCGGAUUGGCUGAGGGAUGUCAUGUCGCAAGCGAUCAUGAUGGCGCUGUAUGGCAGCAACAACCCGGUCACGCCGGACGUGCUCGAUGAUGUGUGGGAGUUUGACAAGAGCAUCACCGUCCUGACGCUGGGUCUUGCCCCGCGAUGGCUCGCCCCAAGAGCCGUUGCAGCGCGCAGGCGCAUCCGGGCGGCGUUGCGCAAGUAUUACAUGGUCGGCCACGACCAGGGACCGGAUGUGUCGGCCUACGUCAGAAUUCGCGCGGCAAGCCGGCGCCAGAUCGGGGUCGACGAGAGCGAUCUUGUAGCGGGCGAGGUCGACAUCCCAUGGACGUCGCUGAUCAACACGAUCCCCUCGCUGGCCUGGGUCUUCACUAACGUCUUUUCCCGCUCCGACUACGUGGCGCGGGUGCGGCAGGAGGUCCUCGAGGCGACUACUGUCGUCGAGGAGGGCAGCUACAGCAGCAGCAGCAGCAGCAGCAGCCACUACUGCGCGACCAUCCGUGCAGCCGAGCUCGACAAGAAGCCGUUCCUCGGCGCGUGCUUCCAGGAAGUGCAGCGACUGUACAACAAGCUCUGCGGCUAUCGGCGCGUGCUGGAGGACACGGUGCUGCGCGACGCCGACGGGCGAGAAUACCUCCUGAAGAAGGGGAACAACGCGCAGUGGUUCCACGGAGUACCGCACUUGAGCGAGGAGGUCUGGGGGCCCAACGCCAAGGUCUUCAACCCGGAGAGGUUCAUUGCGACGCCGCCGGACGAGGAGAAGAAGCGCCGCGGGGCCCUGAUCCCCUUCGGCGGGGGCAAGCACCUCUGUCCCGGUCGGCGCUUUGCCGUGACCGAGGUCGUCUGCAUGGUGGGCGCCGUCUCGCUGUUGUUUGACGUCGAGGGCGUCACGGUGCCCGCUGCCCGGGCUGGUUAUGCGGGCUGCGCCAUGGCUCAUCCGGCUUGGGAUACGGAUACGGGUGGUAGAUCGAGUCGAGUGAGCUUCAGGCGGAGGAGAGGUUGGGAAGACGUGAAGCUACAGUUCGCUGUCUGAUGUCUGUUUGCUUGCUGUGACGGGAAGUUCUUCACGGCCGUUCCCAUAUCUAGCCGCUUUUAAUGCGUUGGAGAUCGCCAAUGAUCUGAGGCGUAAUCCGGAUAUGUGAAUGCUUAGUAACCUUUGGAUCCCAGUCAUCGUCAUCAUCC